AUGCCCAAGGUUGUGUCCCGCAGUAUAGUGUGCUCUGACACCAAAGACAAAGAAGAAUACAAUCAAGGCGCAACAACUUUGACUGUUUAUCACUGUCUAUGCGGACAGAUGGCUUUGAUUCUCGGUAAGAUUUGAAACAUUGACUCAAAUUCGAACGAUUCUAAAACUCUAAGUACUUUCGCUCCUUUUACCUCAGAAGGUGGUUUGAAAUGAUCGAUUGUUCCUUCAAAAAACAGUUUGUAAUUUCAUACAAGAGCAGUUCAUAAUCUUUUUAGUCGCCUAUUUGUGUGUAUUUUAACUCUAGACAGUACCCUUGAAAAGCUUCCUUUGCGAAGAACAGACCAUGCAAGAGUCAUAGACGGUUCAAAACAUGCUUACAAGCUCACAUGUGAUGAUGGCGACACUGUUUUUUUAAGAAGGUACAUUUCCAUCUAACCUUGCACGGUUAUGGAUUAUAAAUACAUCCCAGUGUUUAUUAACUGCCCUAUAAGACGGUUUGCUCUGAUCAUUCCCGUAGUAGAAUCUGUUACGUACAGUGUAUCCUGAAGGUACUGAGGUCCAAUAUGGGAGAUAGCCUGAUAUUUUUCAAAUGAAUGAAUGAAUGAAGGACUUUAUUAAAGUAUCAAUAGUAUUUAGCUUGAAGAAAUCUAAUUGGGGACACUGUUUGCCCAUUAAAAUAUACCUAAGCUACAUAAUGUUAAAAAUAUUUACACUUCAAUUCAUAAUGUAUAGAAUAGAUAGAUAAAUGAAUAAAUGAAUGAAGUAUAAGAACUUAGUUAAAUAAGCUUAUAAGAUAUCAAAUAUAUAUAAAUGUAAAAUUCAAAGCAGCCUAGUGGCAUAUAUCACAGCUUUUACAAUUAUUUACUAAGAGUGAUAGGUCUUUGCUCUUAAUACUGUUUUUAAAACUCAUAAAAUCAGGAUUCUUUCUAUCACUUUGUUCUAAUUUAUUCCAAAGAUGGGGCCCAAAGUAUCAUAGAGAAUGUUUUCCAUUGUGUGCCUGUGUUCCUUAGAUUAUAUAGUUUCAGGGCAGUAUUGAAUAUUUCAGUUUUACAAGUGGGCAUAAGUCCUUUCUUACUUUAUAUGUGAAAAUGGUGAUAUUUUGAAACUGUUGUUGGUACCAACUAAGUAGACCUGCUCUUGUUAGCAACUCACUGUAGGUCUUUAAUUUGGAAGAGCCGUAUGCUUUGAGUGUCUGAAUCAUUAGUGCAGGGUACAGAAAAUCAAAAGCUUUGCUUAUUGGUGUAUAGAACAGUCACAUACUCUUUAUUGUUGGCAGCCAUUUUUCAUUCCUCUGUUAGCGUUAUUAAUGUUAUUUCACAGCUAUGUGUGUUUUCUGUGGCCAGAUGUUUUCUGGUUAAGAUGUGGAUCCAUGGUUUUCAUGAUUUGCUUGGAACUUAAGGAUUUUAAUAUUUUAAUAGAGUUCAGUACUGUUAUAGGUUGGUAAUUUCCCCAGUUGGUUUUAUCUCCUUUCUUGAAGACAGGGGUCCAUUCCCUCAUUUUCCACAUGUUUGGCCAAUUUCCCUUCGUAGUGAUGGUGUUCUAGAGACUUGUUAAGGACAGUGCCAGACCUCUGGUAGUUAACUGUGGAACUUUUGGAGAGAUUCCAUCCCACCCUGUGGCUUUGUUUCAUUUAACAGGCUGUCAAGUUCCUAUUUUUUCCUAUUUUUUGGCCUGCCUCCUAUAUUCUCCUAUUUUUUCAUGAAAUUCCUAGUUUUUCUUAUUUUUUCAGGGUUUUACUGUGUACAUAGAAACAUCUUGAAAUAUUUGAAAUAAAAUUGCCAAUAAAAUUGAUAAAUUCUGUAAAAAACUGAAACUUCGUGUCAAAAAAGACCAGUUUGAAGCCUCUCUUAGGAAUUUUUAUGUAUCUAAUGAAAUUUGGAAUCUAGUCAUUGUUGUAGGAUGAGUUGUGCUUGGUAACAUAGGUGAUAACACUUGUUUUUGUUUAUAUGGCAAUGCAUUGUGGAUGUAUGCCAUGGUGCCUGUUAAAUAUUAAAGUAUUGGGUUGUGGAACAGAGUUGCUGUUGGGAGUGUUAAGAGGAUAGAACUCAGAGAAAUCCUCCUAUAUUUUUCCUAUUUUGGGAUGAGAAUUCCUAUUUAUUUCCUAUUUUUUUGGCCCCUUUCAUUCCUAUUUUCCUAUUUUCCUAUUUUCCUAUUUUCUAAGGGUCAUUUGUCACUUGACACCCUGAUUUAAGCAUUUUCAGUUUGUUUCCACUUCACUAGAGCCAAUUUUGUUGAAUCCAAAUUGAAGGGCAUGAUAAGCUUGCCAAAUGCUCAUGACACUCUGGUGUUUUUCAAAAUCUUUCUCAACUAAAUUCAUUAUCUGUGCACCAUCAAUGGCAUUUGCAACAGUUAAAAAGUAGUCUCCAAGCUUGUCUGCCACUACUUUCUGGUUUGUGACAAUUUGCUUGUUAAUCCUAAUAGCAUUUUUGUGUCCUCUUUCUUCUUGUUACUUAAGAAUGGUUUAAAGGUUUUGCACAAAUCCCAUGCUCUCUUCCUCAGUUUAUCUAACUUUUGGGCCCAGUGAGCUUUCAUAGCACUUCUCCUCUCUUUAGGGGCUAAAUUUUGCCAUUUCCUUUUAAACUCUUAGCGCUCUAGAGUUCAGUUUUGGGCAAACAAUUGCACAUAUUUGCUUUUGUUCUUACCUUCCAUUUUCCAUUCUUCUGUCUUAUAUGGUGCAUCUUUCUGUCCAACUCUCAUCUUCAUUUUUGGCACAUGUUCUUCCAGUACACUUUCAAAAAUGGUUUCCAUGGGUCAUAUUGGUCCUUGAUGGCAUCAAAUGUUUCUCCAACAGUCCAGGGAGCAUUUUCAGGCUUCUGAAUUUGAUGGUCUUUUGUCUAUGCUGUAAUGCAGAUUGCUUUAAAAUGCCAUAAAUAAGGUGGUGAUCAAAUAUCUCUGGGUUAAAAGAGCCUCCUGUCCUGGAAAGGUUGGGUUUGUUGGUUAAAAUAAUGUCCAGCAGUGUCUCUGAUGUAGGUGUAAUCCUUGUUGGCUUGGUAAUUAAAUAUUACAUUCCAUGCACUUCUUCUAGGUCAACAGGUAUUUUCCCUUCUCUGCUCCCUUCUCAAAUGUUGUUUUGGUUUUGACUAUGCUUAUGUAUAUAUUUAACAAUUGGUUCAUAUGUCAGCGUGCAUUCAUCAAGAUAUGAAGCAUGCAGGAAGUUUGGAGAGCAUGAAAGAUGCGUAAGAGUUGCUUGAGACGAGGCCGAGAGCAAAUCCAGCUUCUUGAGUGCUCUCCAAACUUCUCAAGUGCUUCAUAUCUUGAUGAACGCACAGCUGACGUAUGAACCAAUUGUUUUAUAACAUUUUCAACCCGAUAGAAAGUUUUUUUCUCGAGGGAUUUGUUUGCUGACGUAAUGAGUGUGCACAAUAGGAAUAUGAAGCACACUCGCGCAAUUGAAUUUGAUUACACAAAUUUACCAGCUAUGUUAUAAUUACAGUUGACCUGUGGAGAUCAAAAUUUCAUUAUAGGCCAGGUACAUGUAUGUAGUCCUCUACACCUUAACAUCGGUGUGUAUAUUUUCCAGGCUGUUUCCUUUACAUUUCCUUCAUCACUGACAAGAAGAAUUUGUUAACUUUCACAAGGGUUUUUUUCUACAGUGCGAUCAUUUCCUUUAUUUUCAUUGCCUUAAUGUUUGAUUCUGUGGGGAUACUACAGUGUAUAAUGAGAAAUAGUACAUGCUACAUUUACAUGUUCAUCUCAGGGGUUAAGAGGUUAAUGCUUGCACUACAACAAAAACAACACUAUAAAUAAACACAGCUGGCAGAAUUAGUUGCAGAAGCUCGUAGAAAAAUCAAGAUUUAACACAACUGUAUACAUAAUUAUGUUUUAUCAUUGCAGCUUCAGCUUGUUCUCUGACUGUCUUUUUAAUUUCUUUGAACAAUUUGAUUUAUUUUACAUUGAAAUACAAUUUUACAGUCCUUACUUACAUGUACAACCAAUAACAUUGUAACUUGUUUACAGCUCAUUACUUACUGGAAUGUGAUGAAUUGUUUGUUUUGUUUCUUUUACAGACCAGGUGGUAUUGAGAGACAAUUCCGUCUAAAAUGCAAAAAGUGAGUGAGAACUACACUAUAAAAUGUAAUCUCAAUCAGGCUGUUUAUUUGUUUUUAUUCUCUCAAUCAUGUUAAAUCUAUUCUCUUUAACAAAAAAAAACAUCAAUUUAUGUUUUAGAGGAUUGCUCAAUGCUAGUGUGUGUUGAGGAAAAAAGUAUUAGACUGAAAUUGAGUUUGAAAUUUCGAAUUGUCUAGCCUGUAUACUUUGCAUACAUAGACUUUGUGCAUAUAUAAUUUCUAUAUCAUGCUGUUACUAUUUGUCCCUUACUGACGUCUGUAAAUGUUUACAACAGGUGCAAGCUAUGGCUGUUUUACAGAUCAUUGAAAAAGGACCAAACUGUUACUUUUGUAGUAGAUGGUGAGGAAUUUUAUGCAAUUUCUUAAAAAGAUGUAGCUUAUCAUGUACAUGACUGAAUUUUUAAGUUUUUAAAAAAUGAUUAUGGACUUAAAGUGAGUGAUAAACUUGAUUUUUUAAUAUUAUUGUACAUGCACAGUAUACCUACAUGUAUAUUGGUUGUUUUUUUGUUAUUGGAAAAACCUGUAGUCUGAGUCUGGUUUGUAUAACAUAUGAAAAUUAGAACUGAGACUUAUAAAACAGGAAAUGCCAUGACAGGAUGAUUGUUAUCAAAUAGUUUUCCAGCAAACAUCUUUAUCUGACAGUAGUGUUUAGAAAAUAUUGAGCAAGUCCUGUGAUGUUUUUUUUUCUUUUUUUUUUUUUUUUUCACUUAUUUGUUUUUUUGUGUGUUUGAAUUUUUUCAGGAGCAUUGAUUCAAAGUGGAGAUAACCAAGUUACCAAAACUGUUAAACCCAAGGCAAAUAAGGUAUAUCAUGAAAGGAAUCAUGUAUCUGUACUACGUGAUACAAACAUUUGGCUUCAAAAGUAGUUGGCACACAUCCAAGAAGCACUUUAAAGGAGGUGUUUAGAAAUGAAAUUUGAAUUAAAGUGAAUUUGGUUACAGUACACUCCUUCCUUCAUUCAAUGUUUUACAAUCACAACAAUUAAAGAACCAGCAUUGUGCAGAACCAAAGUUGUUGAAGGGAAGGGUAUCAGUGAAGAAACUGGUAUGCCCUUUUCCAGAAUAUUGCAAUUUUGAUGGUAAUGUUCAUGUAUCCACAGUUUUCUUGCUGAUUAGAGGUUAAAUCAGCUUAUUUACCCUUUAACUCCCAAGAUCUGAUUGUGAAUUCUCCCCUCUAGCUGCUACACAUUUCCUUGUAAAUAAGCUGAGAGAAUUUGGUGUUAGAUCAAGAUAAUGUACCUGAUAAUUUUAAGUAUUCUCAUUUCUAGUCUGCUGGAUAACAUAUGGUUAUUAUAGGGAGAAGAUUCUAGUUAAUCACUUUUGGGAGUUAAAGGGUUAAAGCUGGAGAGCCCCUUGAAGAUCUUGAAAGAAAGGCUAGGGGGUGAACUGGGGUAGUUAAGCAUAAAAAUGCAUGCAUGUAAGGCAUAUUGGAAUAAAUAUUUCCUCCAUGUUAAUUUAAGGGACUAUCAAUUCAAUCUACAUUGUGUACAACUUGCCUAAGGCAUUCAUUUAUGAGCAGAGAGGAUGGCUUUGGCUCAGAGUGGAGUUUGGAGGCCUCUAUCAGGACUCAUUGAUGAAAUUAUAAAAUUUUAAGUUUUAGGGAAAAAUUUCAGGGAAAAGUCAGGGAAUUUCAAAAACCUAAUAAUCACUGUGGCAACCAUGGGUUUGUUUGUUUGCUGAUUUUGUCUACCAAUAAUUUUUUUUGCUUUAUCUGUAUCUUGAUAAGGUCAUGGUCACAAAGAGAACAAAGGAAUUUGGUAAAUUUAGCUCUGUGACUGUGUCUACUAUUGAUGAGGAAGAAGAAGAAAUUGAGCAGGUUAGUGAGCUUUGAGUGUUCCCAGAUAAUCUAUAGAGGUAAUCUGGGGGUGUAUGUGAACCUUUUGCUUUUCAAACAACAAAGUUGUGAAACAGCUGGUAUUUGAGUUUGGCACCGCUUGUACGGUUACAGGUUACUUACUUUUGGCAAUGGAAUACAAGGUCAUCAAUAAAUGAGUAUCUUAUGAGAAGCUCUGACAUCUUUCUAGUGAAGUCAGCAGAAAUCAAUGAAAAAUUAUCCCAUUGCCCUGGAACUCUGAUGAGACUGUUGGGAUAGUAAGAUGGAUUCUGGAUAAAAUUUUGGCACGGUUCAAUAAUAUACUGUAUUGUUUUUUGGUAUUUCAGUGGUUUAACAUGCUGACCACGAUGUUACGCCUUGUUUUUGUUUUUGUGUUUUUUUUCGUUUUAGCAUGAAGUUGCAUCAUCAUAUGCUCACAAUGCCCAGAUAAUUGAAAAGCAACUUGAGCGAAAAACAACCGCACAGAAAAGGGCAGCUAUAGACCAGGUAAGAGUGUUAUAAUUUUACCUUCCAUGUAAUAACUUUUCAUUUUAUAAUUUCAAUCUGCAAAUGUGUCUUUUUUUUGUAUUCAGUAAUGCAUGUUUGCCUUUUAAUAGGUAUUGUGCAAGUCCCUUCUAAAGGUUGGAAGGGAUUUGGCAGAAGGGGAGGGUGGGGGGAGGGGAUGGGGCUGAGAAGCAAAAAAAUUUCCCCAGGGUGGUAAGUGGAAGCCAACUUUGUUUACGAGGUUUCUCAUCUUGGGGUCCCCUUUUUAAGAGAGAGAGAGAGAGAGAGACCCUUAGAGCAAGGCAGGGAACGGGAGAGCCGGUCAAACAAACAAAUUUCACGAUAAACAGACAAGUAGACAGAUAAAAAGGCAAAGACAGAUGAACGAAUUAGAGAUCAAAAGCUCUUUCAUUUAAUUGAUUUUGUUUGUUUGUUUUUAUAUUGCAGAUUAAAGAGGAUCAGUCUAAGAAACCAAGAGGUACACUCAUUGAUAGAGACUAGUCUCGAAUGAUGAAUGUCAUCCACCUCCAAUUAAGAUGUAACAAGAAGUGCCUUGCCGUAGUGGGCCUCAAAAUCUUGUUGGAGAUAAAGAGUAACUGGAAACAGAUUAUCAUGAUCAAAUGCUUCAAUAUUUGAUGACAACAGUUGACCAGUGGUCAGCAAUUCCUUUUAAGUGUUGAGACUUUAAGAGCUACAGGUAAAGUUUGUUUCAGUCCAAUUGUAAACUUUGGUAGCCGGAUACAAUGCACUGAAAUUAUCUAACAGUUACCUACAGAGUAUUGUACAGAGUUUUGAGUUCUUGAAAGAGAAUGGUGUAUUUGAAGAUCGUAAAAAUUAUUCACGAAGUCUUGAAAAGGAGGGAAAAAUCUGGGGAGUUUCCCAAGCAGUGGCACUAAGUACUUCGUCACUGCACAGUAUGUGAUAAUUUUGAGAAGCUUAAAAUGUUAUAAAAUACCUCGACACACACGUCGCGCAUGCCCGUUGUUUAAGCGCUGUGUUACUUAUUGCAUCUCUUGCCUUUCAUACGGAAGUACAUAAAACGCAAUUGUCUCCACAGACCCUAUAAUGGAUGAACACCUUGAUUGUUUUUGUCUUUAGUUUAUUUAUAGUCAAUGUACAAAGGAAGCAAUACUUUUUUAGAUUAAUUAAAAAAAAAAUCCCUCAAUUUUUUAGCCUCUUUUGUUUGAAAUUGUCACAAAGGCAGUUCUUAAUCAAAAUUAUUCUAAGUUUGCUUUAUGUACUAAAUUAAUUAACAAGCAAAUGAAAAAAAGAAACACAUUUAAAACAAUUUCAUCGCGAUGUUUUUUCAAUUCUCAAAUUUAGUCGCCUU